AUGGAAAACAAACCUAAGUUGGAGCCAUUAAGAUUGGCAGAGUGGGCGCAGAACGCUGCAUUCUUUGCGAAAGCCAUCGAACUUAUUUCAGAGACAAAGCGCUCUAAGCAGUCGGACACUGAAUCGAAUCCAAAAGUCAGAUUGAAUCCUAUUCCUCCUUCUCAAUUACAUUUAAGUUUUCAAGCAUUAAAACCCAGUGGCAUUGGACAGACACCAGCAACUAAUACACGGAUAACUCUUAUUGAAAAAGCAACACCACAAUUUCAGACAUUUAAAACCCCAAAAGUAAAGAAAGAAGGAUCAGUUUUAAAUAAUGAAAUUAAGUUAAGUGGAAUAAAAAGAAUUCUCAUCACACAGAUCAGAUAA